AUGUUUCGUCUUGAAAAUUUAUCCUGGGAAUAUCUUGUCUCUGCCGGCGUCGCUGCUGUUGUCAGCGUGGUUGUAUACAGACUUACACUGCAUCCACUAGCAGGGUACCCUGGACCUCGACUAGCAGCGGCGACACGCCUCUAUGAAGCCUACUACGAUUUAUUUCUCAACGGACAAUAUGUAUUUAAAAUACAAGAGCUCCACGACAAAUACGGACCCAUUAUCCGCAUUAGUCCUAACGAGUUGCAUGUCAAUGAUGCCAAAUUCCUCGACAAACUGUACAACAAUGAAGGCAAAUGGAACAAACAUGCUUGGGCUAAUGACGCAUUUGGAGUCCCUAAUGCAACAGUAGUGACUGUUGAUCAUGAUUGGCACAAGCGUCGGAGGGCCGCUAUCAGCUCCUACUUUUCCAGGCCCAACGUCGCCAGCAAGCAAGAUAUUUUGCGACGCGGCGCUUUCAAACUCUGUGAUCGACUGAACGAAUAUGACGGUUCGGAUAAUACAGUAAAUCUGAGCCAUGCAAUAAGUGCCAUGGCGCGAGAUGUCGCUGGAGAGUUUCUUUUGAAUAGGCAAUAUAACAAUCUCGACAGCCCUGGUUUUAACGCGGAUAUGACACUCAUGUCACAGGGCUUUGGCACUGUCUGGCGCACUUGCAAACAUAUCCCGUUUCUUGCUCAGAUUCUUAAGCUAUUGAAACCAUCAUUUAUGGUCAAAAUCACGACGGAUCCAGGAGCCAAAGCCUUUUUCGGUUUCGUUGCGGGCAUUUUAAACGUCAUCAAAGAGGAACUGAAUGCUGGAACGGACAGUGGGUCGGAAUCAGAAAAGGAACAGCGGACUCUUAUUGACCAUAUUGUUCACUCUAAUCUCCCAGCCUCGGAAAAGGGUGCUGCACGCAUCAAUGACGAGCUCGCCAGCAUUAGUGGUGCUGCCUUUGAAACGACGGCUAACGCCUUGCGAUGCAUGCUUUAUUACGUAUAUGGCGAUGCAAACAUCUUGGACCAGCUUCGAGAGGAGAUAAGAGUAUUAAAAAAGGACAAGUCCAUCACCCGCAUCCCUGAAGUGGAAACGUCUAGUCUUGAGCAGCUACCAUUUCUCAGUGCUGUGCUCACGGAAUGCUUGCGCCUGGCCCCGGGAGUAGUGACAAGGAUGGCGCGAGUUGCACCAGACCGAGCUAUCAUAUUCAAAGACUAUGCGAUUCCUGCCGGAACUCCAGUAGGAAUGACACCGUUCCUUAUGCACAUGGAUGAAAAUGUCUUUGAAGACGCGCGCGCAUUCAAGCCUGAACGUUGGAUGGACCCAGAAGCCCGCAGGAAGCUUUCCAAAACGUAUGCCCCGUUUUCCAAGGGAACUAGAAUCUGCCUAGGAAUGCACUUUGCAUGGGCUGAGCUGUACAUGGUGACAGCCUGCCUCGUCGAUGAGUACGACUUUAGCCUGGUGGGAGCCGGGCCCAAGGAUAUCGAAUGUGUCAGCGAUCAAUUCGUCGUUGGAGUAGCGGAUCCUUCCGGAAUUAAGGCGAGAGUAACUAGAGCUGUGUAA